AUGUCAGACAACAAGUUUGUCCUGCCUGCCGUUGAUUUUAACAAUGAGAUUCAAUCUUUUUUGAAAGAGGUGUCAGACGUAAAAAACUGGUGGAUUGAUUCUAGAUGGAGGUACACUAAACGCGUCUUUACUGCGGAGCAAAUCGUAUCGAAGCGGGGGAAUCUUAAAAUUGAAUAUCCAAGCAAUAUUCAGAGUAAAAAGUUAUGGUGUAUACUCGAAAAUAAAUUUCAAAACAAAGAUACCAGCAUUACGUAUGGAUGUCUUGAGCCGACUAUGCUGACCCAGAUGGCUAAGUAUCUUGAUACGGUGUAUGUUUCUGGAUGGCAAUGUUCCUCAACAGCUUCAGCUUCUGAUGAGCCUGGACCAGAUUUAGCUGAUUACCCUUAUACUACUGUCCCAAACAAGGUUGGCCAUCUCUUCAUGGCACAACUUUUUCACGAUCGGAAGCAGCGUGAGGAACGAAUUACCACAAAGGUAGAUCGCACUAAGCUUCCAAAUGUCGACUAUCUCCGCCCUAUCAUUGGAGAUGCAGACACGGGUCACGGGGGUUUGACAGCAGUUAUGAAGUUAACAAAGCUUUUUAUUGAGAAGGGCGCUGCUGGAAUUCAUAUCGAAGAUCAGGCGCCAGGUACCAAAAAAUGCGGUCACAUGGCUGGAAAAGUACUGGUUCCCACUAGUGAACAUAUUAAUCGCUUAGUUGCUAUCCGUGCUCAAGCUGAUAUAAUGGGAACGGACUUGCUGGUAAUUGCACGUACAGACGCUGAGGCAGCAACGCUUAUCACUACGACGAUCGACCCUCGGGAUCAUGCUUAUAUAUUAGGGUCUACAAACCCUAAACUUCAACCGCUUCAGGAUCUUAUGACUGCUGCUGAAAAUGCUGGAAAAAAUGGCGUUGAACUUCAAGAUAUUGAAGAUAGCUGGAUAGCCCAGGCCCAGCUGAAAUGCUUUAGCGAGGCUGUCAUUGAUGAAAUUAACGCUAGUGUCCAUAUAGACAAGAAAAAGCUUAUCAAGCGUUUUUUGAAUGAUUCCAAGGGUAAGAGUUGCCUUGAGGCGAGGGCGCUUGCCAGAGGAAUUAUGGGCGUCGAGAUAUUUUGUGAUUGGGACAGUCCGAGAACAAGAGAAGGCUACUAUAGGCUACAAGGUGGUUGUGAAUGUGCGAUUAGUAGAGCAGUUGCAUACGCACCAUAUGCUGACGCGAUUUGGAUGGAAAGCAAAUUACCUGAUUUCGCGCAAGCUGAACAAUUUGCAAAGGGAGUACAUGCUAAGUUUCCCGAGCAGAAAUUGGCCUACAAUCUUUCGCCCUCGUUUAAUUGGUCCAAAGCGAUGUCUCGCUUAGAGCAAGAUACAUACAUUAGUCGUCUCGCUAAGUUAGGUUAUUGCUGGCAAUUUAUUACGCUAGCUGGUUUACACACUACAGCUCUUAUUAGUAACCAAUUUUCGAAAGCCUUCAGUACGAGGGGCAUGCGGGCUUAUGGAGAACUUGUCCAGGAGCCUGAGAUUGAGUUGGAAGUCGAUGUAGUGAAGCAUCAGAAAUGGAGCGGAGCAAAUUAUGUGGAUGAGAUGUUGAGGAUGGUACAAGGUGGUAUAUCAAGUACCAGUGCCAUGGGCAAAGGUGUUACUGAAGACCAAUUUCAAUAG